UCUCCUACGGACACACUUUACUGAACGCUUCAGGAUGUCAUCAUACUAUGCUAGCUGAUAGCUUAUUUUUACGCAGUUGGUGUUAAAAUAUCCGGCGUAGAAUUCCAUUUUUGUUACCACAUCUCAUUUGAGUAACUGUUUUUCUGUAACGGACGUGUUGGGCUGGUUGCGAACUGUCUCAAGACAAGCUAUUUUGUUUAUUCCUCUGUGCUAAUAGUUAGCCAAGUGCUAACAACAGUGACAGCAACUAACUUGCAUGUGUCUUCCACCGCUGUCAUUUCUUGGCACGCUGAUUGAUUUAGAAAAAACGGUGUGACAGCUUUUCCCUGCAGACAUCAUGGAGCUCCAAGCGGUGUUGAUGGCAGCUGGAGGGGGCUCUCGUAUGACUGAUUUGACAUACAACACCCCCAAACCUAUGCUUCCUGUUGGCAACAAGCCCCUAAUGUGGUAUCCCCUGAACCUGCUGGAGAGAGUGGGCUUUGAAGAGGUCAUAGUGAUCACCACCAAAGAGGUCCAGAAGAUGAUGAGCACAGACCCUAAAAAUAAGCUUGACGUGAAAAUGAAGCUGGACGUGGUUUGUAUCCAGGAAGACGGGGACAUGGGCACCGCUGAUGCUCUCAGACACAUCCAACAAAAGAUCAAGACCGACGUCCUGGUAGUGAGUUGCGACCUGAUAACAGACGUGGCACUUCAUGAGGUGGUUGAUCUAUUCCGAGCCCACAAUGCAACGCUGGCCAUGCUUAUGAGCAAAGCUCAUGAAUUCACAGAGACAGUCCCAGGCCAAAAGGGCAAGAAAAAGACAGCUGAACAGAGGGAUUUUGUUGGUGUGGAUCAUUCAGGGAAGAGGCUGCUCUUCAUGGCUAGUGAGGCAGAUCUGGAGGAUGGACUCUCAGUUAGGAAGUCCAUCAUGAAGAAACAUCCCAGGAUGCACAUUAAAACAGGUCUCGUAGACGCUCACCUCUACUGUCUGAAAAAGGCAGUGGUUGACUUUCUAGCAGAAAACAAGUCCAUUUCAUCGAUCCGUGGCGAGUUGGUACCAUAUUUGGUUCGCAAGCAGUUUCCCAAAACAACAAGCGAUCAGAAAAUGAGAGAUGACUCGGAAGAUCAGACCCAGAAAAUGAAUGAUGGCUCAACAAACCAUGAGCUCUUCGUCUCAUCACAGGAUGAGUGCCUCCUCCUCCUGGCCCAGAAGCGCUCAUGUUGGAAUGACCAUCAUGGUGAUAUGAGUGAGGCUUACCAUGGGGGAAAGCUGCGUUGUUAUGUUCACAUUAUGGACCAGGGCCUCUGCUACCGCGUCAACACUUUGGCUGCUUACAUAGAGGCAAAUCGACUGGCCCCAAAACUGUUUGAGGAGCCAGCAGUCCAUCCAUCUGCUGAUAUUUCUGAGAGAUGUCAGAUGGGAUCAGACAGUAUCAUUGGCGCUCAGUGUCAUAUAGCAGAUAAGACUUCCAUAAAAAGAUCCACUAUCGGAAGCGCCACCACCGUAAAAGAGAAGGUCAAAGUCGCCAACUCCAUCAUCAUGCAUGGGGUUACUAUUGAGGAAGGGUGUAACAUCCAGGGAAGCGUGAUCUGCAGUAAUGCAGUAAUUGGCAGAGGAGCUGACCUUAAAUAUUGCCUGGUGGGAAAUGGACAACGGAUCGAGCCAGAAGCUGAGCGAACUAACGAGGUCAUCGUUGGAACAGACCAGCUGAUGGAGAUCUAGCUUUUACAAGCAAGGAGAAACAUCACCUUAUUAACUGACCUGCGAGCAGCAAGACCCAGAGGACAACUACUUUCCCAGCUGACAGACCAAUCAGAAGCCCGGACACUGCUCAACAGUUCUCCCUUACAGGCUUUUUUCCCCCCCCCCUUCUUCUUCUUUGUCCAAAUAAAGGCAAGUUUUCUGCGUCUCAUGAA